AUGUCGAGUGCUACUGCUGGCUUCUACUAUGUCGAGUGCAUCGAUGAUCGUUCAAUCGGUUUCAUAUCAGUCUUUCCGAGGUCAGGUGAUGAGAGUCACAAGGCUGAUAUCAGUUAUGCUGUAUCCCCAAAUUACUGGGGACAUGGGAUAGUCACUGAAGUAGUUAAGAUUGCCGUCCCUCAAGAGUUCAAGGACUUCCCUCAUUUGCUUAGGUUGCAAGCUGGUGCAAUUCCAAACAACAAGGCCUCUCAGAGGGUUUUGGAGAAAGCUGGGUUUCAAAGGGAGGGUUUGUUCAGGAAAUAUGGAUAUAUGAAGGGAGAAAUUAUUGAUUUGGUUGUUUAUAGUUUUCUUUCUACAGAUUAG